CAGGUCAGGACCAGCUGUCUGGCCCUGUGUUUGUCUUUCAAGAUGGUCUGUAGGCGGGCACUCCUCUCUACUCUGUUUCUCUCUCUCUCCUUCGCCUUUAGUCAUUUUUAUCCCUGUCACUCGUUCCUCCUCCCCUCAUGUUCUGGUCUCUCCCCCUCUCUGCUGAGUGUGGUGGGUGAGUGAGGGAAAAGGAAAAAAAGAGAGACUGGACUGGAGAGGGUAGGAUAGAGCGAGAGUUGGGGGAAGAAGGGAUUAAAAAGAGAAAAGGAGGAGAAGAAGGAAAGAGUGGACGGGAGAGGGUGGGUUAGAGAGAGGGUUGGGGAAGAAGGGAGAAAAAAGAGAAAAAGAUGAGAAAGAAAGACAGGACGGGGUAGGAUAGAGUGAGGGGAAGAAAAGGAAAAUAAGAAAAGGAGGAAGAGAAGGUGAGAAAGAGAGACUGGAUGGGAGAUGGUAGGAUAGAGCGAGGGUUGGGGAAGAAGGGAGAAAAAAGAGAAACGAAGAAGGCGAGAAAGAGAGACUGGACGGGAGAGGGUAGGAUAGAGCGAGGGUUGGGGAAGAAGGGAGAAAAAAGAGAAAAGGAGGAAGAGAAUGUAAGAAAGAGGCUGGAUGGGAGAGGGUAGGAUAUAGCAAGGUUUGGGGAAGAAGGGAGAGAAAAGAGAAAUGGAGGAGGAGAAGGUGAGAAAGAGAGGCUGGAUGGGAGAGGUUAGAAUAGAGCGAGGGUUGGGGAAGAAGGAAAAAAAAAGAAAAAAGGAGGUGGAGAAGGCAAGAAAGCAAGAGAAAAAAGAGACAAAGUGAGCAGUCCCGAUAUGCUAGAUGAUUUGGAGUUUUGAGGGGAACAGGGUAGGAGGGGCGUUUGGAGUCGGGGAAGGGGGAGGGGGAGAUGUGGGAACAUGCUGGCUCACUGCUGAAGUGUCAGAGUCUGCACUCUGCUGAUACUCAGACGGAAGGAAGGAGUAAACUGGUUCAACAUCAGUCCAACCAAGACUCCUGAAGAACUGAAGAGCACACUGAAUGUACAAGAGAUAGUCAGGAAUAUCCAACCUGGAGGAAAAUUGAGGUUCAGUAAAAUAUGUUUAUUUUUGUCAUUAAAAACAAAGGUGUUUUGGUGUUAAAGCCUUGGUCAAGCUGCAGGGUGCUCUGAGACUCAGACGAAACACAGAGUCAUGGAUUCAUACUCUGACUCUCCUUUUAACUACUCCUGGCCCUCUUUCCCCAAGAUGAGGAUACACAAGAAGAUGGACAAGCAAGAGAAGAGCCAGUCAAUGAGGAGGGCCCAGGCUCUGUCCUCUACUCUGGCUGCUGCCUCCAGACUCUCAGCCAUGAUCCACCAACCAGGGAAGGACCAGAUGCACACUAAUGCCAUGCUGGUGGACCAGGUGGAUGACCUGGAUAUAAAGUACCGUUCUCCAGUGGAGGAGGAGGUGAGCUCUGUGCCACAGAGGAACAACCCUGCCUGGGACUCCUUCUUUGGAAGUCUCCCUGGCUCCAUGGCUCCUCACAGGGACCAGGCCUUCCCCCUUCCUUCCUCUCCCUUGGCCUACCCCUUUCCUUUCUCUGGUGGUGGAAAUAGGGGGAGGAUCCAGCCGUCCGUCUCCCUCUCCUCUGGGCUCAGUCACAGAGGAACCAGUCAGCCUGAGAAGACCUGUGUACCGAGUUCCAGUCUGGAACCAGUAGAGUGUGACAGUUGGGAGGAGAACACCCUGUGCCAGUCUCCCCCCUCCCUCCCCAACUUCUCAUCUCCCUGGCAACGCUCCGACCUGCAUACUAGCUCUGGGGACGUGAGGGACUCCUUUGACAACUCGUUGCACUUCAACCGUACACACUCUAACAAUUCACACACACCUUCCAAGGAUCAGUCAGACCCACAGCUUCGUCUGCGCUCUUACUCCUACUCCUCCCCCAAGACCCAGCUUUCACGCCCCCUGUUCACCCGAGAUGCAGCGAUCUCUGACCUGACAGAAGAGCAUAGAGACUUCAACUUGACUGAGACACCCAGAGAGAAGAGGGAUGUGGGUUUCCGUAAGAGGGUCCAGUCUGCUGAGGACGAAGGCAGCUCGUCAUCAUCACUCCAGCACCUCACCCUCUCAGAGUUCCUCAAAGAGAUUGAGGAUGAGGAGUGGGAUAAAUACAUAAUUCCCUCCAAAAUUGAAUCAGAGAAAUACAAAGUCAGCAGAACCUUCAGCUUCCUGAAGAGCAGGAUGUCCAGCCCACGUAACAAGAUCAAGGUGAAGGAUGGAAAAGAGAAGACUGGAAAGGAGAAGACAGGAGCAACUAACGUACACCAGUUUGUGCCAGUCUCUCCCUCAGGACCCUCUGGGCUGUCUGUAUAUGUGACCUGUGACAAGCCUGUCCCUGGGAAAGAGUUUCUGCAGUGUACCAACUGCUCUCUGAGUGUCCAUAAGGGCUGUCGUGACUCGACUGCAGCCUGUGGGAAGAGGCCUCUGGAGAAGAAUGUGGCGAUGUUAAAGUCCAAAUCUCUCCCACACAUGAUGAGGGAGGGUUCCCCUGCCUCCCCCACCUCUUCCUCCUCCCUCCUCACUAUGCUGCCCCGAGGCAGAAAAUAUAUGACUGCUCCCCUAUCUAAGAGCCCCUCUGAGUCUACAGACAGGAGGCUGAAGGAUGCUGUGGGGGUCAGUGUGGACAGUGACAUGUGGAACAGCUGCUCCCUUAAUGAAGAGGGGGUACAGGUCACAGGGACCGCAUCAUCCACAGACUACCAUCUCACCACACAGGAGUCGGUCGACACCCCCCUGCUCAGCGACCUAUCGGCUGACCUGGUGGGGUUUGAGGUGGAGUCCUGGAGUCUGGCCGUCACAACUGAGUUCUGCAGAAAACACGACAAACACACCGUCAAACGUCAGGAUGUCAUCUACGAGCUGAUGCAGACAGAGUUGCACCACAUCCAGACACUGACGGUGAUGUCCGAGGUGUUUCGUCGAGGGAUGCUGGAUGAGCUCCAACUGGACUGGGAGUGUGUGGCUCGCAUCUUUCCCUGUCUGGAUCCUCUCCUGCUCUUCCACAGGAAUCUCUUCGGAUCUCUACAGGAGCGGCGAUACGCUUCAGCCCAGCCCGGACACCCACACAACUACUGCAUCCACAGUAUAGGGGAUAUACUGUUGCAACAGUUCUCAAAAGACAACGCUGUGAAGAUGAAGCAAGUAUACGGAGAGUUUUGUAGUCACCACACGGAGGCUGUCAAAGUCUUCAAAGAGCUGCAGCAGCAGAACAAGAAGUUCCAGGUGUUUGUCAAACAACAGAGUAACAACUCUCUGGUCAGAAGAAGGGAGGUGCCAGAGUUCAUCCUGUUAGUGACUCAGCGCAUCACCAAGUACCCUGUACUACUGGAGAGGAUACUGCACUAUACACCCGAGGGCAGUGAGGAGCACACUGAGCUGUCGCGGGCACUCACUCAGGUGCGUGACAUCAUCACUGCAGUGGACACGAGUGUGAGCAAGUACGAGAAAGCCCAGGAGCUGCAGGAGGUGUUGAGCCGCGUGGAGAACAAGAGCCUUUCCAAGCUGAAGAGCGGCGAGGUGUUCCGCAAGGACGACCUGCUAGGAAAACACCAACAGAGGGAGCUGCAGCACAAGGGACUUGUCUACUGGAAAACCGCUACAGGACGACUGAAAGACACCCUGGCUCUGCUGCUGACUGAUGUCCUGGUGUUCCUGCAGGAGAAGGACCAGAGACUCAUAUUUGCUGCCGUGGACCAGAAGCCCCCAGUCAUCCCCCUGCAGAAGCUAAUUGUGAGAGAGGUAGCCAAUGAGGAGAGAGGGAUGUUCCUAAUCUCUGCUUCCUCAGUGGGGCCUGAGAUGUACGAGGUUCACACCUUCUCGAAAGAAGAGAGGAACGCCUGGAUGAGACACAUACGACGGGCCGUAGAGAGUUGUCCUGAGGAGGAGGAAGAGAGAAGUGUUGAGACUGAGGUCAGACGGAACACUGAGCUGAGAGUUCAGAAGAUCUACAAACUCCAAGACACCCUGGCAAGUCAGGACCAGCGUAUCUGCAGUGGUCUGGAGGAGAAGCUACAGCUGUAUGCCGAGCUGACAGAGUUAACCCUUCAUACACCAGAGCCCCUGCCACAGCACCACCUACUGGUCCAACCAGACCCUGAUGCUCAAAUGCCACCGCAGACCACUGCACUACUCACAGCUGCACUCAAAGAGGCGGAGAAGCUGAUGUCUACCUUGCAGGCCAGUGAGGCCCACACUGAGCCCAGCCACAGCCCCCCUGUCAGAGUCCCAGAGUACUGCAGCUACAACAGCCAUUGCAGGAUCCAGGAGUCACCUGCUGAGUUGGACUAUCCGAGCAGUGUGAGCUCGGCCUCUCUGGUGUCGGAUGGCGAGUGGGCAGGGCCAGACACCAUCUUGUGGCACUCUAUAACUGAGCUGAGGAGAAGAGACACCAAUGGAGCACCAAUGAAGGUGGCAGAGAGUGUCCAGAGCCUGACCCAGCUGCUCUACAGUCUGCAGGCAGCUGUGACCAUCCAGGACAGCUGGUAUGAGGUUCAAAAGCUCCUCCUACUGGAGCUAGAGCACCCGCUCCCACACACCCCCUCCUGUCUCCAUGGCAAUGUGGCCCAGGAGCAGGAGAAACAGCCGAGUACUGAGAAGAAAAAGGAGGAGGUAGAGAGGAUGAGUGUGGAAAGGUGGAGAGAGGAGGUGGAGGGGAUUCAGAAGCUACAGGGGAGGCUGAGACAGGACCAGCAGCGCUGGGAGAGAGAGUGCCUGGCCAGGGAGAGACAACAGGGGGAGAAGGUGAGUCUGUUGAAGCAGCGCGAGCGACAGUGCCACCUGGAGGCUGAGAGCCUGCGCCGCGAGCGGGAAGAGCUGGAGCAGCAGCUGUUGGAGUACCAGCAGAACCUAGAGAGGCUGAGGGAGGGUCAGAGGAGCAUGGAGAGGGACAGGGACAGGGUGGAAGCCGAGCACAGGCUGCUCCAGAGCUGGAGACACAACCGCCAGAGCUCCCUGCCUAUUAUGAUAUCGCUGGACCUGGAACAGGUGUCCAACCACAGUCGGUCAGGCAGCCUGGACGGCAACGAGGCUGCUCUUCUUCAUUCCCUCCAACAGAAUCGUCUCCACCACAACCAGCACCAGCACCAGAGCCUCCACUCUUGCCUGAGAAAGAGCCAGGACAGCCCCCUCCAUAGUCCCAACCUGAGCCUCAGGCCCAGCCUCUAUAACAGCCUCAACACUCUGCUCAGCCAGGCCCACAGUAAACCAUCCACAGAAUUACUGACAUACCAACACUAUGCUCACCCCCAGCACAGUCACCUCCAGUCAGGAAGCUCCCCAAACAACCCCUUUAGGAGCAGGUUCACCACAGGACAUGAGGGGCCCAACAACAACAAUUUCAGCCCUCCACAGGACAGGCUGACCCUGGGGUUGUUGGGCUCAUUGGGGUCAGGGGUCACAGGCCUGGGUCUGUACGAGGAGAACUUCCCCACCUCGACAUCCCUCACUCCUCUCCUCACCCCACAGGCCUACUUCUCUUUGAAUGGAAAGAACAGUGAGGAUGGGGGAGAAGAGAACAUUGUGUACCUCUGAGGAAUGACAAGACUGAUGGAGUGAUGGGAGAGAAGUGUGCAAUGCCAACUGCCUUAUGUACAUCUAUCAAUGUACCCCCUCUCUGCCUUUGUGUGUGUGUGCAUGAAAAUGUUUUUUACCAAAAAAAUGGGAAUGCAGGGCUGUAACUAGGGUUUGAGUUUUCGUCCGGAAGCGACGAAACAAAAAAGCAUUACAUUUUUAGCUGUAUUGUACUGUAUUGUUUGCAUUUUAAUGUAGGCCUUUAGGGAAGAUUUGCCAUUUGAAUGUUUAUACUGAAACAUUUAAGUUCAUAGCUUGUUUGAUAAGAUACAGAUUUUCUCAGGGGACACCACUUUGGGCCUUGACCCCAACUUUAGGAACCACUGUACUAACCUCCCUCUCUGCUUGCUCCCUCUCUCAUCUGCUUCCGCCUUGCAGCCUGCCUUAGCCUCACAUCACUGUCUGUAUCAGUAGCUUACUCUAUAAAGCAAAGUUACAACUUUGUGUUGUUUUUUCUCCUGCUGAGGUAGGCUCCGUUUAACGUUAGCUUCUUACUUCAUCCUUCCAUCUGGCUAAGUAAAACUAGCCAGACACCUUCAACUUACUGCAAUAAGUCUCUGCCAGCAGAUGGCCACCUGACUGACAUAUCUAUAAGCGACUAUUUACCAGUUGUGCACUCAUUCUCUGAUAAUCGUUUUUUGUUUGGGGGAUGUCUGUAGACACGGCUGGAGUGCGGGACAGUUAAAUUGCCUUUAGUCCGACAUCUCGCAAACACUGUCAACAUUGUCUCUAGACUAGUUUCCUAUUGAGCCGAUUGCAAGCUGGGGUAGUUCAUUUCACGUCGCUCUCGGCCUGUGCCGCAUAAGGGCAGAGUUAACCGUUUGAGAGAGUGGAGAAUGAGCUGCUAAAAAGGCAAAUCCAGGCGUACAUAAUGGACAAACCACUGUUCAUGAUUCCACUCAUUCGCAAAGAGGCAGGCGUGAUUGGAAUUCUGUCAGAUCAAUGAUAUAAGCAUUCUGAGCUUUGAUCAACGCUGGGGAACAAUAUUUAGAUGUUGACCCUUAAUAGAGCUUUAUACACUGAGUAUACCUGUAAUACUGGAGCUGUGAGUCGGGAUGCAGGUGCAGUUGAAACGUUUAAUAAAACAACAAAACAUUUCCAUAUGGCUACACUCCGGUACACAAGAAUAAUACCAACUGGUGAGUGAACAUAGGAGAGUGACUUAAAGGGGAAGAAAUUAUGAAUGAAGUCCAGGUGUGAAUCAUAAUGAUUAACAGGUGCAAGUAAUGAUGAGUGCCAGGUGUGCGUAAUGAUGAAUCCCAGGACCGAUGGUUAGUAUCCCGGCGACGUCGUAUGCCAGAGGGGAGGAGCAGGAGAAGAUGUGACAAUACCAAACAUUAGGAACACCAUUCUAAUAUUGAGUUGCACCUCCUCUUUUGCCCUCAGAACAGCCUCAAUUUCUUAGGGGCAUGGACUCUACAUGGUGUCGAAAGCAUUCGACAGGGGUGCUGGCCCGUGUUGACUCCAAUACUUUCAGUUGUGACAAGUUGGCUGGAUAUCCUUUGGGGGGUGGACCAUUUUUGAUACACGGAAAACUGUUGAAAAACCAAGCAGCGUUGCAGUUAUUGACACACUCAAACUGGUGCACCUGGCACCUACUAUCCAUACCCCGUUCAAAGGCAUUUUAAUCUUUUGUCUUGCCCUCUGAAUGGCAUGCACCCAAUCCAUGUUUAAAUUGUGUCAAGGCUUAAAAAUCCUUUGUUAACUUACCUCCCCCUCUUCAUCUACAUUAAUUGAAGUGGACUUAACAAGCAACAUCAAUAAGGGAUCAUAGCUUUCACCUGGAUUCACCUUUUUAUUCUAUGUCAUGGAAAGAGCAGGUGUUCUUAUUGUUUUGUAUACUUUUUCAGUUUUUGGUCCUCAUAUUUAGCUAUUGCCAUGACUGAAAGUAUGAAAAUACAGGUGUAUAUUGCCAAUUUUUGAGUUCCUGUAUGUAAUCAGAAAUAAGUGCCUGUUCGUACACACUGUUAGAAGUAAACCUGCCUGGAAGAACCUUUUUGAGCGGAACCUUUCCAGUUCAGAGGUUGUUUGAGGAACCCCUCUUCGAGGAACCCCUGUGUAAAGGUUCAAACCGGAACCUUUUUGUGAUGGGAGGGGUUAAAUUCUGAAUCAAUUUAAUAAUAUAUGAUAGGGCCUCUCGAGUGGCGCAGUGGUCUAAGGCACUGCAUCGCAGUACUUGAUGCGUCACUACAGCCCAAGUUCGAUCACGGGCUAUAUCCCAAUCGGCCGUGAUCAGGAGUUCCAUAGAGCGGCCCAGCGUCGUCCGGGUUAGGGGAAAGUUUGGCUAGGGGGCUUUACUUGGCUCAUUGCGCUCUAGCGACUCCUUGUGGCGGGCCGGGCACCUGCAGGCUGACCUUGAUCAUCAGGUGAACGGUUUUUCCUCCGACACACUGGUGAGGCUGGCUUCCGGGUUAAGCGGGCGGGUGUUAAGAAGCGCAGUUUGGCGGUUCAUGUUUCAGAGGACGCAUGAUUUGACCUUCACCUCCCAAGCCUGUUGGGGAGUGGCAGCAAUGAGACAAGAUUGAAAUUGGGGAGAAAAAGGGGGUAAAAAAAAUAUAUAUAUAUAUAUAUAUAUAUAUAUAUAUAUAUAUAUUGUAGAGGUGGCAGCCUAUUUGAAGAUUGGAGGCGUGGUUUCAGAUAGUUAUUUUUGGGCACCCAUGAGAUUAAAUGUUAUUCCUGUUCAUCAUGUUAAGUUUGUACACUGCAAAUUUCAAAUUUCCUUCAAUAUUUAUACAUGUUACAUAUUCUAAUAUAAUAUUAAUAAGAAUUUCAUCAUAAUAAUAUAAACAUAGCUGAUUACAUAUAGUAAUAAAUUGUCAAAUAAAUUGUAUUCCAACUUUGGGAAUUGCAUAGGCUCUCGAGGAACUCCUAAAUAUCUGUACGCCUCAAUGAAGCUACAAAACUGUCAGUGUUCAACUUUAACAUGUGAUGACAAUAGAUAUGAACAGGAAUGACAUUUAAAAAUAUAUAAAUCUUAUAGCCACGCCCUUACUAAGCCACGCCUCCACUACAUGGUUCCUCCAGGAACCUGUUGUUACAUUGCAACGUUAAAGGUUCCUCCAAGGAUCUUUCAACUAACCAAAGGUGCAAAUAUGAACCAAUGACUAGCAAUGAUUCCUUGAGGAACUCCAGGUGAUCCUUGAGGAUCUCCGGGGUUCCUCGAGUCGCCAUUAAUUCUAGUAGUGCAGUAUGUGUUUUAUGUAAGUAACCCUCUCUUUAGUGGCUACUCAAACCAAUUUUCCUUUGUGCCCAAAAGCUCCUUAAAACUAUAGGUAUUUUAAUUCGGUGCACUUUGUGUUAUUGUGCUUCCCUUGUCAAAACUAGUUGCACUUUUAUGAUGGUCUUAAUUUCCCUCGUUGAAAUACAGGAUUGCAGGGUACUCCCAUAAGAGGUUAAGACACACUCUCAUAAGUGUUAAAGGUGUAGUUUGUUCAAAAACUAUAUUUUAGUAUUUUGUUCACUAAUCAGCUGUUAAAAAAGUCAGCAGUUAAGUUUUCAAGAUAAAGCACUUUCAUUGCACAGCAAAGAAAUUUAACAAAACAAUUAACUGACGACAUGCACAUUUUCAGGGGAGUUUUUGGGAUCUCUUUGAGUUUUUAGCUACUAGGGGCAUUGGGAAGAUGUGGGGGGGUGCUGUGAUUUUGUUGUUGUUGUUGCAUGCGCUAUAGAUUGCUAUAUCGGUCCGCUAAUACAGGACUAGUAAAGGCCAAGUGCACUACUUUUGUGGAAAUGUUUAUUCAUAUUUUUAUUUUUAUCCUGAUUUUUUGCAGGGUGCUGCAGCACCCUCAGCACCCAUGCUCUACUAUGUGCCAAAUGUCAAUUGUCAAGAUGUAGUGUGUUUAAUAGAGCUUGCUUAUUACUCUAAAGAGAAAAUACAGAUUACAUGUUGGUUUGUUUGUUAUUUAUUGUGACGUAUUCAUGCACUGUCAGAGUGGUUGGGUUAAAUGCGGAAGACACAUCGUAUAAUGUUAUGUUUUUGUUGAUGUUGUGUAAUAUGGAUGUUUUCCCCCUUAAGUUGUAAUAUAUGUAUAAUUGAAAGAAACCUGUGCCUUGUGCCAUAUUAACUAUAUACUAUAAAAUGCAUAACCAGCAA